AUGGGACGGCUGGUGAUAGCGCAUCACAAAAGUUAUCACCCUUAUAAGGCUGAGAACAUUGAGAGGGUUCGUAGAGAUGAAGAAGAGGCAAGGCUAAAGGAGGCCAAAGAGGAAGGUCGCCUUCGACUGGCAGACUCUGAAGCACGACUCGAACUGCUUCGUAAACGAGCAGGGAUCAGCGCUUCUUCUAGUAAACAGAACCGAACAGAUGAGGAUUUGAUUCCAGAUGCAGUAAAGGAAUCGCUAAAAGAACAGCAAGCAAAGGAUGUACCUGAGAGCCCGUUGCAAUCCUUGAUGACCGAUGGUCAUAUCAACCUAUUUGCGGACCUCGAAAAUAAAGAUGCAGUAUUAAAACAAGCCGUUGAUCGCUCCAAGAAGCAAAAAGGAAAGAAGGACAGUGAUGAGGAUGACGCUGAGACCGAUAAAGGUUACCGCCUCGCACCGUCAAAAGCAGAUCGAGCACCAUGGUACACCAAAUCCAAAGAAGAGGGACAGCCAAAGUUAGAUCCAGCUAGAAGGGAUCGGGACGAAAUACGUAAACAGAAACAUGAUCCUCUCAAAGAGAUCGAGGCCUCACUUUCACGUGCUUCUUCCAGUUCUAGGAUCAGUCCACCCCGUGUCUCAUCCAAGAACUCGAUGGGGCCACCUUCUAUACCAUCAUCCUCUUCCAAUACCAUGUUAGGCAAUCGACUAUCAAGAGAACAUUCAGAACGACAAAGAGCUGCCGAACUUAUCGCCCGAAAGCGAAAGGAACGAAUGGGAAAUGAGACACCAACCACUGUAGCACCUUCAGAAGCUGGGUACGGGAACAUGUAUAAUAAGGACGAUGUAGAAGCGGCUGCCCGAAGACGACGCGAGGGUGAUUCAACCCGAUGGAAAGAGAGG